UUCAAUCAAAUUUCUAGAUGCAGAUUGACGAAGGAAUUGACAUCCUCUGUCCCGAAAUUAAGUGUAUCAAUGGAAGCUCCUAUAGAAUUCUCUGCCAACCAACGGUAACCUCUCUGCCGGUAACAUCUUUUAAGACAAGCAGUUCUAAAAGAGGUAAAGAGCAGUUCUCAAGCUUUUCCAAUGUGUAUGAGGAUGAACCUUCAACUUGCAAAGCUCCUAAUUCUGACUGUAAACCUGUCAAGGAAGAAUGGCAGACGUCUGAACUGUCUACACCUAGUUAUUUUCACAAGUUUAUUGUCGGUAAGAGUGGGACUGUCAAAAAAAGACUUGAAAAUGAAACUGGAACAGAAAUGUUGGUCCCUAGGCCUCGUGAAAACAAAGAUUUUAUCACUGUAAGACAUAGAAACGAGAGUUCUUUGUCAUCUCUUGAAGUAAGAGUGGAGAGUAUUGUUUCAAGUGCCAGAAAGAGGGAGCGACCUACUCACUUUAUCUCAAUUCCUGUGGCGUCUGAUGAAAUAACAGCAAGCCUGCACAAAUUUCAAGACCUCUGUGGUGAUAUUAUACACCCUCAUAAAGUCCAGUUUGCCUCUAAACUUCAUCUUACAGUUGGGGUACUAAAACUUUUUUCCAAAUCCGAAGUUGACCAGGCAAGUGAUGUUUUAAAAGAGUUUGCUCCUCGCAUUCCAUACAUUUUGUGUGGUAAACCUCUCCGUGGUGCUUUGAAAAACCUUGAGAUCAUGAAUGAUGAACCUCAGUCAGUUAAUGUGUUAUACGGUGAAAUUCUGUUGUUAGAUGAGUCAGAAAGACUCCAAAAUUUAGCUGACCAGUGCUUGGAAUUCCUUGUUGAAAAAGGUCUGAUGGACUAUGAGCAAAACAGAAAUAGCAAGAGCGUAAAACUGCAUUGUACGCUGAUCAAUACUCGGUGGAAUAGUAAUGGUCCAAAGACCAUUGAUGCAAAUCCAUUGUUAUCUGAUAAUUUUGAGCUUAAAAACUUUGGUAACUGUGUUCUGGAUAGACUUGACCUGAAUGAAAUGACCACUGAUCGUGACAGGAAAUAUGUUAAUGUUACUACAAUUUCUCUUGUAUAAGCCACAUUCAACUUAAAACACUGUUUUAUUGUUUAGCAUGAUUUUAUGAAGUUUGGCUCUUGUGUUAUGAAAUAAUGUUACCAAAUUG